UCUCUCGGUCUCUCCUUGUCACCAAAAGAAAAGGAAACCAGUUCUGUGUCUCUGCUCUCGGCUCUCUGGUCUCUGCUGUGGUAUUCAAUGAUUUGGCUCCGUCCUACCACCCAUUUCGGCUGAUGCAAACUCAAUUAUUUUGUUCUAUCUUCCAUUCUCACCAACCUGUCCUCUCUUUCUCUUUUUCCAAAACUACUCUCUCUUCUCAAUUCUAUCACUUUCUUCUCUCCAAGAGCUGUAGGAUAUGGAGGGGGGGAGCAAUGAAGAAGGCCUUGUAACAAGCUCUCUUCUUGUCAAUCAAGAAAAUGCUUCUGAUAAGUUCUACUGCCUUGACCCAAAUGCUGUUGGCGGAGGCAGUGGAAGUGGUGACGGUGGUUCCUCCCCAGUCACAGCUGUUGUUAUUAUCAGCACAGCGGUGGCCGUCUGCGGCUCCUUCAACACUGGGUGUGCUGCUGCAUAUUCAUCACCUGCUAAGUCUGGACUCAUGGAGGAUCUGGGCCUCUCUGUGGCGGAGUACUCAGUUUUUGGUUCAAUAUGGACAGCUGGAGGAAUACUAGGUGCAAUAAUAAGUGGGAAGACAGCAGAUCUUAUUGGUAGGAGAGGUACAAUGUGGUUUGCUGAUAUAUUCUGCAUCAUGGGUUGGCUAUUAAUAGCAUUUGCCAAGGAUUAUUGGUGGCUUGACUUGGGAAGAUUAUCAAUGGGAUUUGGAGUCGGGCUUAUUUCAUAUGUUGCAGCUGUUUAUAUUUCAGAAAUAUCACCCAAGAGUCUUAGGGGAGGUUUUACAUCAGUUUCUUCGCUGAUGAUAUGCUGUGGCUUUUCACUAAUUUAUUUUCUUGGAACUGUCAUUUCCUGGCGUACCUUGGCCAUAAUUGGAGCUGUUCCAUGUACAUUACAGACCAUAGGUUUGUUCUUCAUUCCAGAGUCUCCAAGAUGGCUGGCAAAGGUUGGCAGAGAGAAAGAGUUAGAAGCUGCUCUGCAGAGGCUAAGGGGACAGAGAGCUAAUAUUUCUCAAGAAGCAGCAGACAUCAAAGAAUAUACAGAAACCUUUCAACAGUUGCCGAAAGCUACAAUUGUAGACUUGUUCCAGAGAAGAUAUGCUCAUUCACUUAUUGUUGGAGUUGGGUUGAUGGUGCUGGCACAAUUUUCAGGGGUCACUGCAGUUCAAUGCUUUGCGAGUUCCAUCUUGGAGUCAGCUGAUUUUUCAACUACAUUGGGGAGUAGAGCAAUAGCUAUUCUCCAGAUUCCAGCCACUGCUGUGGCUAUACUCCUAAUCGAUAAAUUGGGAAGGCGCCCACUUCUAAUGGUUUCUGCAGCUGGAAUGGGGUUGAGUAGUUUCCUUAUAGGAUUAUCAUUCUUAUUGCAGGACCUGAACCUGUGGAAAGAGAUCACUCCUAUUUUGGUGCUCAUCGGCCUAUUGACUUAUUCAGCAACAUAUUCAUUAGGCAUGGCAGGACUACCAUGGGUGAUCAUGGCAGAGAUAUACCCCAUAAACAUAAAGGGCGUAGCAGGCAGCCUAGUGACCCUCUCCAACUGGUUCUUUUCUUGGGUUGUGACAUACACUUUUAACUACAUAUUUGAUUGGAGCUCGACGGGAACAUUCUUCUUUUACUCUAUCAUAUCGGGUGCCACUGUUGUAUUCACUGCAAAGCUGGUACCAGAAACCAAGGGACGAAAGCUUGAAGAAAUACAGGCAUCAAUGACCCAAUCUCUCCUUUAAAAUAAACUUUUCAUGCUGUAUGGGAGUAAGAAUUGUAAUGGAGUUAAUUGUUUUGGCACAAGCCUGCUACCUCAAAACAUUGAUGUUGUGAGUUAGAUUGGUAUUUUAACAAGGUAUCAGAACUCUUAUAUAAGAUUGGUAUUUUGGAGAUUUUAA